GGAGCACUUGUUGCCAAUUAUCCAUGGGAUGGAACUGAGAAUAAACAGAAAAAUUACUAUGCAUGUCCUGAUGAUGAAACAUUCAGAUUCAUGGCUAGUUUAUACAGCCGCUCUCACUAUAACAUGUCUCUGAGCAAGGAAUUUCGAGGAGGAAUUACCAAUGGAGCAUUUUGGUACCCAGUAUAUGGCGGCAUGCAAGAUUGGAACUACAUACAUGGUAGCUGUUUUGAAUUGACCUUGGAGAUCAGUGACAACAAAUGGCCUGCUGCUAAUGAGGGGGCAAAGCAAAUGCAAGAGGAGGCUAUACUGCAUUCUUUUUCUCCGGCUUUAACAUGGGUUGUAAAUGUGCAGCUUCCUACUUUAUGGGAGUUCAACAAAAUGAGUAUGCUAAAUCUUGUUGCAAGUCUGGUGAAGACAGGAAUACAUGGAAGGAUAUUUUCAUCAGAUUGUGGAGGGCCUUUGCCUGCCUCUAUUGCAAUCAAGGGAAUAAAUUACUCCAUUAAAGCUAGCCAAACAUUUGCUGAUUAUCAUCGCUUGCUAGCUCCCGGAGAGAGAUACGAAGUGAUAGCGACUAUGCCUGGAUACAAGUCAAAGAGGACAUCCAUUACACUGGGAGAUGAAACCAUGACGGUGGAUUUUGUUCUUGAUCCAGAAAACGCUCUCAAGGGUAGCCUUUUACGACAUGGCUGUGAUUGUGGCUCUGAUAACAAGAGCAGGCGCACAUUCAUCGAGUUUUUGCCGGGGCCCUACUUGGAGGUUUCUGCAAUUUUGAUUCUAAUUUUGGCAUUCCUUUGCUUUGUAUUGAAGAGGAGAGCUAUAUAUAACCAUUUGAAACAGAGACAGUUCGUAGGACCGAAGCGGUCCGUCGUGGUCUGA